UGCAGGUAGAAACAGGAGCUUCUACUUCAAUACUGCACUCUUCAAGGGACGGUUUCAUUUGGAUAACACAUAAGAAGGAAAGCAGGAUGAACCAUGAAAUAAGAGCUGUUGUUCUUGGGUGGCAGAAAUCUGACAAAGCCUCAGUGAUAAACAGCAUUUUAGGUGAUGAAGUUGAGUCUGACAAACACUUUGUGAAAUCUGUGAGGAAAGACGGUGAAGUGAAUGGAAGAAAGAUUACUCUGAUCAACACACCAUGUUGGUGGGAGAAUUUUGAUUUGCAAGACUCGCCAGAGAUUGUUAAACAAGAGCUGGUUUGUAGUGUUUUUCUGUGUCCACCAGGACCUCAUGUCUUUCUUCUGGUCAUUAAUCUCAGUUUGCCUUUUACUGAAGAAAACAGACUGACCAUGGAGAAUCACCUUAGUCUCUUCGGUGAGAAAAUCUGGAAACACACCAUAGUGCUGCUUACACAAACUGAUUCAUUAAAGAACAAAGAUCUUCAGCUGAUCAUACAGAGAAGUGAAGAAAGAUAUCAUGUAUUUGAUUCUGAAAAUAAAAGUAUUGGAGUCAAAGCUCUACUUGACAAGAUUGAUGAUGUUGUGGUGGCAAAUAAUGGCAACCAUUUUGAAAUAUAUGAUGACAAGCUGCUUGACAUUCAGAGAAAGAGAGAUGAAAAUGAAAGAAGAGCAAAAGCCAAACAAGAAACAGUUCAGGGCAAAAGAAACCUACUAAAAGAAAGAAAUGCUGUGGCUCCUCUCUCAGAGCUGAGAAUUGUUCUGCUGGGUUGGAUUCUGUCUGGGAAGAGUUCAACCGCAAACACAAUCUUCAAUCAUGAAAUAUUUCCGAUAAGAAGAACACGAAAGUGUACAAGCCAUACUGGUGUAGUGAAUGGUAGAUCAAUAACUGUGUUGGACACUCCAGGCUGGUGGAAGUAUUUCUCAUCUAAAUUCAUUCCAGAAUACGCACAGGCUGCAAUCCCGGAGAGUGUAGACCAGUUGCAACAAAUACAUUUCCUUCACGCUAUGAUCUUGGUGAUUCCUAUUGAUAAUUCGUUCAUGAAUGAACAGAAAAGAAUCAUUAGAGAGUACAUGGCCACUCUGAGGGAGGAUGUCUGGAGACACACCAUAGUUCUGUUCACAUGGGGUGACAGAUUUCCAGAUAUUUCAAUCGAGCAGCACAUUGAGAGUGAAGGUGACGCCCUCCAGUGGCUGAUUGAGAAAUGCAGGAACAGAUAUCAUGUUUUUGACAACACAAACAAGAAUAACCGAGGUCAAGUCACAGAUCUGCUCCAGAAGAUUGAUGAGAUGGUGGCAGAAAACAGUCUGUUCUGCCUCAACACUCAAUGUGCUGCAGAAGAAAACAUUUAUGAUACUGACACACAACAAGAUGAAGAAAUAAGUCUGGAGGCUGACCGUAUGAUGGAAUUAUUACAGCAGGAGAUUAUCAACAGGUUUAAAGGGAUCAAAAGUCGACUAAAACACUUAGGGAUGGAUUUUACUGAAUGUUUAGAGACAAAAAGUCACCGUAGCAAGUCAGAUCCUCUAGACUUCUCAGCUAAUAAUAAACUCAAGGAGAAAAUGAGGAGAGAAGGAAGCAGAUGGGAAGUAACUUUAAUGGAUGGGUUCUUGAACAAUCAGACUUCUGAAGCAUCAUCUGAUUUACAUGAGAAGGUGUUGGGGUGGCUUCAAAGAUGUGAUGAAUACAGCUCAAUUGGAUAUGGAACAAGCUCCAACAUCAGCAGUCUAGAGGCCAGAGACGAGACAUAAAAACAGUUUACAGAAUACAUUUAUAAAUUUGCUACACUUUGUUAAUUUAUUCAACUUUAUUUUUGUUUUGAAUGUGUUAAUAAUUGUGAGAAAUACAUGUUAAUAUUUCUAAUGCCUAAUAAUAGGUAUUCUUGUAUGAGUUCUAAAAUCACUUCAUAUUUUUAUUUAAUGAAAAUUGAAAUUAACUGAAAUGAUUGAAGUCAUGUUUAGUUUCACUUUCGUUUUUAUGGUCAUUAGUUUGUUUGUUCCAGUCUUAGUUACUGUUUCUUGGUUUCCAUUACUAGUUUUUUUUCCUUCAUUGCUCAUUAUCACACCUAUGUCUUGUUUAGUUGCUUGUUGUGUAUAUAUGCCCUCAGUUUUUUUUCUUAUUAUUGUGUUGUAUUUGGUUAGUAGCAAAGCUGUUAACAUUUUUCCUUCAUGUUAGAAUUCCGGCCUUUGUUUUGUUUGCUUAAUGCAGGUGAUCUACUGAAUAAAGAUCCACAGACAGACACGAAAUAUGCAUGAGAUCUGCAAACAAUGAAUGAAUUCUGAAUGAUUACAGUUAUCUCAUCCUGGCAGUCAUUUUUUACACUGUUUAAUUACUAUUUACAAGUGGGAGGAGAAGUUUUCCAACUUCACAGGGCACAGGACAUUUCAGCAUCUCUGAUUACAACAUAAGCUUAUUUUUUAAUCAUGAAGUAGGAAGUGAGUAGCUAUACAUAAUAAAGCUUACUCAUAAAAAAACAUAAUUUUGUCUUACGCAAAUCACUUUAAUAACACUUUCUUUCAAGACAGUUCUUAUUCUGUACACAUUAUCAGAAAUCUAGAAAUUCUUCAUGUAUAUCCAUGUCUUAUAUAUUUAUUUUUACAUUUAAAUACUAUAUAGUAUUAAUAAAAUAGUAAAAUUUGCUUUUGAAUGAAGUAU